AGUAUGCAUCGGCUGACCUGUCGCGAGACAUCUGAUUUUGAGCUACAUGCAAACACGAGAUUAAUAAUUCGCAGACGUCAAAUGUGUAUCGACACCACAGUUUAUAACUGUGAAUAAGUGUCUAAAUUGUUGAUGCAGACAGCAUUUUAGGUCAAACUUAAAUUUAUCAAAAUUAACUGUUUGUAAAUUAUGUAGUCGUUGUUGCAAAGAUUCGCAUCAGAUUUCGGAACCCUUUACGUGUUGAAUAUCCUGUACAAGAAGAAACGGAUUCUAUGCGGCUCUGGAUCUUCCGAAAUUCUGAUAUUAACAAACUGCGACACACCUAGAGCUGAAGAAAUGCUGUAUUACACAGUUACAGUGGUUUGUAUGAUGGCUGGAGUGAUCGGUAAAGAGAUUCCACAUCAUGCAAGAACAAAACGCCAGGCGUUUGACCCAGACUCAUUCAUGGAAAAAUUCGGCUACUUGGAGCCUAAUCCUGAUGGAAUUCCUCACGAUGAUGCGUCUAGAGCUGAAGCAAUACGAGAGUUCCAGAGAUUUAACGGCUUGCCAGUAAGUGGUCAUCUUGAUCAUCACACUGUUCGUAAGAUGCGAUCGCCUCGCUGUGGUUUGCCAGAUAUACAACGACCAAGUCAUCGUGGUCCCGGCCAGCCAUUGGCUUUUCAAGUUCCAGGUUACAAAUGGCCAUCCAACAACAUUAACUACAAAGUAGUCGGCUUCACAAGACAACUCAGGUCAACAGACCAAAGGCGCGCGUUCAGAAACGCCUUUAAUAAAUGGACCGACGUGACCCCCUUGAACAUCAGAGAAAUCGCAGGCGGCUCGGCGGAGAUUGAGAUUAGCUUCGCUAGGUACAACCAUGGGGAUGGAGCCGGAAACUCUUUCGAUGGUAGAGGAGGGACCCUGGCUCACGCCUACUUCCCGGGAACUCAGCCCAUUAGUGGCGACACCCAUUUCGACGACGACGAAGAGUGGUCGAUGACGUCAUCGGGAUCCAACCUGGAGAUCGUCGCCGCCCACGAGUUUGGCCACGCCCUCGGUCUGGGGCAUUCCCGAAUCCCAGAGGCCUUGAUGGCGCCGUACUACCACUACGACGCCAACUACGGCCUACACCAAGACGACAAAAGAGGAAUACAGACUUUAUACGGUUCAGGCGGGCGCAGAACCACACCCAGACCACGCCCAACUCACAGACCACGUCCAACACACAGACCACGCUCAACUCGCAGACCACGCCCAACUCGCAGACCCGUCCGACCCACGAGACGUCCUACACGUCCGACCCGACCCAGGGGAAGACACUGUAAUGUGAAGUUUGAUGACAUCAUUGUAGGCCAUGACGGAAACACGUAUGCGUUUGCAAAGAAAAAGAUUUACAAACUUGAUGAAAACGGCGUAGCAGCAGGGUUUCCCAAGAGACUUAAUCAUGUUUACAGGAGGGCGCCAAAAAGUGCUUCCGCCAUUGUAUUUGAUCGGCUGAGACAAAAGACCUUUUUUUUCAAAGGUAGAAAAUAUUGGCGUUACACCGGUUUUCAAUUGGACAGAGGUUAUCCCAAACCUCUACCCACAGACUUUCAACGAAAUCGAGCCGCACUGCAAUGGCAAGAUAACCGCAUAUAUCUGUUCAAGAACAAUGAGUACACUGCAUGGACGGAAACACUAACACGCCACCAUUCUGGCUACCCGAGACAGAUCGACGAAUUCUGGCGCGGUCUCAGACCACACAUCGAGGCCGCCUUCCAGUUCACGGACGGCGAAACCUACUUCUUUAAAGGAAAAGUGUACUGGAAGUUUGACAGCGACUAUGCUCGAGUGUUGCAGGGCUACCCGAAGAACACAGCACGAGCGUGGAUGGGCUGUAGGCCGAGAAUUCCCAAAUAAAACAUCUCUUAAAGAGACUUUCCCUAGUUUGCUGCCAUUGUACGAUCUUUCCAACUAAUAUAGCUCUCUUGACGAUUAAAAUUAUACUGAACAACAAAAAAAAACACGAAUACACACACACACAGAGAAAGAGAGAGAGAGAGAGAGAGAGAGAGAGAGAGAGAGAGAGAGAGAGAGAGAGAGAGAGAAAGAGACUAAUCGCGUAAUGAGCACGCACCGUUAAGGGAACGUCAGUGAAUAUUCAGUGUGCUUCUAGCCGUCCUGGUGUUUGCAGGGGCCCACCGGUCUCGGUGGCGCAGUGGUUAAGCCAUCAGACUACAGGCUAGUAGGUACAGGGUUCGCAGCCCGGUACCGGCUCUAGCCCAGAGCAAGUUCUUAAGGGCUCAGUGA